AUGUCAGUUUACCCACUAUACAAGGAGAUCUUCCCGCCGACGAGUGUUGAGCACUGUCUGUGUGCCAAAUUUACAUCUCCAUAUGAUACGAAUUUGAUACUUGCCCGGACGUCAGUACUAGAAAUUUAUAGAUUCAGAGAAGAAGUUGAUGUUGCGAGUGAAUUGGCUGCUGGGGAAAAUGAGGAUAUGGAAGUUCAGGAAUUUGGUGGGGACGAAGAUCAGAAAUUCCUCUUCCCUACGCUAACCCCGGCAUCAACCGCCCCUGUCAUGACUGCCCGAUUGGAACUAGUUGCAAAGUAUAAAUUACACGGGAAUAUCAUGUCGAUGGGAGUAGUUACAACUAUAACUUCUGCUAUGAAUGGAUUGGACAGUUUACUUUUGACUUUUGAGGAUGCUAAGCGGAAACAGUUAUCUCUUUUAGAGUACUCUCUUGCAACAAACAGCAUUGUUACAGUGUCAAUACAUUUUUAUGAGAGAGAAGAUUUCAAGCGUGAAUUUUUGUCAAAUACUUACGCCCCAAAAGUACAUGUGGAUCCAUCAAACCGAUGUGCGGUUACGAAUUUUUAUGGCGAUAAGUUGGCCAUCUUACCAUUUUGUCAGGAAGAGACUUUACACAUCGAUGAAGAGGAAACUGCAAGUAAUCGCCCGUACGCGCCAAGUUUCGUUGUUGAUUUAGCUUCGAUUCAUCCUGAAAUUAAAAACGUUAUUGAUAUGACGUUUCUUUACGAUUAUUAUGAGCCGACUUUGGCUAUUCUAUUUGAAACUGUUCAGACGUGGCCUGGCAAACUUUCAUCAAAGAAAGAUACCUGCUCAUUAAUAAUAGUAUCUCUUGACAUAUCACAAAAGCAUUACCCAAUAAUCUACUCUCCGAAGCCUCUCCCAUCGUCCAGCCUCCGUCUCAUACCCAUUCCUCGACCGAUAGGCGGCAUUCUUGUAAUUUUCAGUAAUGGAAUAAUUCACAUCGAUCAAUCAUCUCCGGCGACAGGAAUCGCUCUGAAUGCUUUUGCAUCAAGUACGACGGACUUUCCCCUCUCUUACAAGUACUCUACUCUUGGAGUAGCCUUAGAAGGCUGUCAGCACGUUGUAAUAGACUCUUCUCGUGUAAUGUUGUUCUCACGAGACGGAGAUAUGUAUCUAGUUGAAUUGAUUCAGGAUGGAAGGAGCGUACAGAGGAUCGAGAUCGAAAAAGUCGGUGCUAGUACUAUACCAAGUUGUGCAUGUUUGGUUUCUGAUGGAUAUUUUUUUCUGGGAAGUAGUCUUGGGGAGAGCUAUUUAAUUCAAUACGGUGAGGAGGGGAAAGAAGAAGACGGUGAGAAUAAAGAAAGGAAAAGAAGCUUGUUGGUUAGAAGGAAUACGGCAGAACUCGACGCUGAUCUGUAUGGAACUGACAGCCGAACGAGCACAAUAGUUACAUCAACAGAAACAGAGAACAAGAAGACUGGUUCGGGAGAACUCUGGUUUCGAGUUUGUGAUACUUUAAUCAACGUAGGGCCUAUCGUCGACAUGACAGUGGGCGAGCCAACAUAUGGAGAGGAUGAUAUGAAUCAUAACGUAAGAAAAGACGUAGAGUUAGUUACUUGCUCAGGCUAUGGCAAGACUGGAUCUUUGUGCGUUUUCCAUCGUGCAAUUAUUCCUCGAAUUAUCUCAUCGUUCGAUCUUAGUGAAUGCAAUGACAUGUGGACAGUUCGAUGUCGGAAGGAAUUCAUUUACGAAGGAGUGAGGUUUGAUUUUGGAGAAGCCGGGAGUAGUAUGGAAGACAGUCAAUCGGAAACGUUUGAUAAAUAUUUGUUUAUAUCCAAAAACGCGAGAACGAUGGUACUUAUGACAGGGGAGGAUAUCCAAGAGCUCGAUAACGCAGGUUUUUAUACCGAAGGCCCAACGAUAUCAGUUGGAACUUUGUUUAAUGAAACCCGUAUAGUGCAAGUGUAUGCCAAUGGGAUCAGCCUUCUCAAUGCUGAUGGUAUUACAACUCAAUCGAUACCAUUCAGUAAUGAUUCCGAAAAUGCAGUCAUAGUCAGUGCACAUAUUGUUGAUCCCUAUGUAUUAUUACUAUGCGAAGAUGGAUCAAUUAAAUUAUUAAAAGCAGAUGAUACUUCAAACGAGAUUGUUUUCUGCAAAUUGACAAGUGAUAUUAAUGCAGAGCCAAUAAUAUCAUGUUGCGUGUAUCGUGACGAGUCGGAUUUAUUUACUCUAUACAGAGACUUAACCCAAUACCUCCCGUCAAAACCACUUCAACCCAGAAAAAAGCCUCCUGUCUCACCACAACCCGAAAAUCAUAACUCUCCCCAAGUAACAUCACAGAAAUUGCAUGAUUUGGACGAUGAUAUAGACAAUGAGCUGUAUGGAGACGAUAGUAUUGUAGAAGAUAUAGUCAUAGAUGAAGCAAACAACAUAAUAGAAAAGAAGGAAGUGCGGGGGGAAAAGGGUGAAGAAAAUGGGAAGACGGAGAUGCAGGUAGACGAAGAAGAAAGAGCAGGAAAUGAGGAAGAGUUAAAAGAAGACAAAAAAGUGGCAGAACAUAAGGUUACUGGUAUGGAAGACGAGACUAAGGCGACUUUUUGGGCUGUGUUAUUGAGGAUUGACGGAGCAUUGGAGAUCUACCAACUACCGGACUUUCAAGAAGUUUUUUGCUUUCCCAACUUUGAUAGUUUACCACAAGUUUUAUCAGAUGUCACUUCACGCCAGAAUGUCAAAGCAUCGGGACAAUCAAUAGAAGUGAUUGAAAUACUUAUGACAUCUCUUGGAGAGAACAAGAAAUCCCCAUAUUUGAUAGUUCGCACGCGUCUUGGCGACAUUCUAAUUUACUCAGCGUUUCGUUCCUGGACCUCUUCUGACACGACUCCUGUCAACUACUUUCUUUCCACAACUCCCAAUCCAACCACACCAACCACGCCUACAGUCUCUUAUUUCCCAACUCGAUUGGCUCUCCGUUUUUCUCGUAUUCACCACGAAUACAUAGCUCGAGAUCCCAUUCACGCUGACACUGAAGAUAAGCCCGUGUCUAACCGCACUUACCCCUAUAAUCCUGACGAACCUUGGCCCGAGACUUCAAAUCCUUCACCCUCUUUACAGUCGAUAAUGAAGUCGAUAAAAAGAAGAUUGAUUCCGUUUAGAAAUGUAAAGGGCUUCGCAGGCGUAUUUGUCACUGGUGCUAGGCCAGUAUGGGUGAUUUGCGGUGCAAAGCGUUAUGUUAGGGUACUGCCUAUGGGUGGUGAGGAUGGGAUUAAAGCUUUUACACAAUUUCACAACGUUAAUUGUGUUCACGGGUUUCUAUAUUCUAAUAUUGAGGAUGUAUGUCGAAUGGGCAUUCUUCCGUCUGACUUUAGUUACGAUCUUGAAUGGCCCGUGAAGAAGAUAAAUCUUGGAAGGUCAGUUCACGGUAUAGAAUAUCAUCCGGAUAUGCAAGUCCAUGCAUUGUUGUCGUCAGUCACAGUUUCGUUUAGACUUCAUGACGAUAACGGAGAACCGAUUGUCGGAGAAUAUGAGGAUCCCAAUUUUCCACCCAAGACCCAAAAAUUUACUCUUGAACUCAUUUCGCCCGUCACUUGGGAGACAGUUGACAGACAUGAUUUCAAUGAAGACGAACAAGGUCUAUGUAUCAAAUGCGUCAGUCUACAGACAAAGUCAACUGCAAGUGGAAGGAAAGCCUUCAUCGCUGUUGGGACAGGAUAUUUCAGAGGAGAGGAUGUUGGAAUGCGUGGAACCAUUUACGUAUACGAAAUAAUUGAGGUAGUCCCUGAACCCGACAAUCCACAAACGAAUCAUAAAUUCAAAUUGUUGUGUUUUGAAGAUGUCAAAGGAUCCGUCUCCGCCAUCUGCGAUGUAAAUGGCUACUUAUUGACCUGCGUUGGACCAAAGAUUUUCAUUCGCGCAUUUGAGGACAACGACCGGUUAAUUAGUGUCGCAUUUAUCGACAUUCAAAUAUAUGCGACAUGUGUUUCUCCCAUAAAAGACUUUAUUUUGUUAGGAGAUAUAUACAAUAGCGCCUGGUUCUUAGGUUUUCAAGAAGAACCAGCAAAACUAGCCCUCCUUGGGAAAGACUACCACAAACUCUCAGUAAUUGCUGCGAAUUUCAUAUUAGAUGACCGAGUACUUUACUUUGUCAUUGCAGACAACGACAAAAACAUCCAUCUAUUCCAAUACGCGCCAUACAAUCUACAAUCGUUUGCAGGGCAGAAACUCGUUCGUCGAGGUGAUUUCCAUGUGGGAGCACAGAUCAAUACCAUGGUUAGGAUAAAGCGUCGAGAAGUUGUGAGGAGAGAUAACGCCGGAGCGGAUCAAAUGAUGAUGACGGACGAAGAGAGUGGAUCUUUUGCUGAAUUGUGUUUGUGCGGAACGUUGGAUGGCAGUAUCGGAAUGGUAACGCCAAUACCGGAGAAAAUGUACAAGAGGAUGCAGUUAUUGCAUGCACAAAUGGUUAAUGGCAUUCCACAUCCUGCUGGAUUGAAUCCGAAAUCAUUUAGACUUCUUCAAUCAAAAUUACGCCUUCUCCAAAAUCCGGUAAAAUCAAUCCUAGAUGGUGACCUUAUUUUUGAGUUCCCGUCACUUGCACAAAACAGACAGCGCGAAAUGACAAAGCAAAUUGGUACGAGCGUUGAGAGGGUUAUGGAUGAUUUGUUAACUAUGCAGAUUGCACUUGAUCACUUUUAG